AUGAAGAUAUUCCAGCUCUGUGUGACUUUAACCACAGUUCCCUUAAUUAUACAGGCAUCUGGAGGAGGUCAAUGGUGUUAUUCCUCUCAGAACCCACAAUGUGGUCCUGAGCACUGGAAGGACAUUAGUCAUAACUGUGGGGGUGGACAUCAGUCUCCUAUUAACAUUGAAAAAGCCAAAGUAAAGAAAGACAGCCACCUAAGCGCCAUCACUUUCCAAGGCUAUGAUCACGCUCCUUCUGGCCAAUGGAAGCUCAUGAAUGAUGGACACUCAGUUUUACUGAGUCUCUCAGGGGACAUUAGUAUCAGUGGAGCAGGACUACCCACCACAUACAAGGCUUUACAAUUCCACUUUCACUGGGGAAGUCCCACUAAGGAUGGAUCAGAACAUACAGUGGAUGGGAAGCAGUUGCCACUUGAGCUGCAUAUUGUUCACAUGAAUGCCAAAUACAACAGCAUCGCUGAAGCCAAGAAGGACUCCCAAGGUUUGGCUGUACUAGGCAUCCUGAUCACAGUAGGAGACAGUGAUAACCCCAGUUACAGCACAUUGGUUUCUGCUAUGAAGAAUGUGUCAAUGGAAGGGGAUUACAUAGAGCUGAAGUCAACAUUUCCUCUGGAAAGCCUCCUCCCACCCCAUGACAAGUUAUCUCAGUAUUAUCGAUAUCAGGGCUCUCUCACAACCCCUGACUGCUCGGAAGCUGUGAUCUGGACAGUGUUUGAGCAGCCAGUCACUAUUAGUCACGCACAGCAUCGAAUCCUGACAGACACAGCUCAUUUCACUGCUCAAGGAGAGGUUCUUCUAAAGAUGACUGACAAUUUCCGAUCACCUCAACCUCUUAAGGGUCGCCAAGUAUUGGCUUCCAGAGAUGCUACAGCUAGCUGCUCAACUGCUCUUUGUGCCCCGAUAUUAACUUUGUGUCUGUUUUGCUUAACAACUAAAAUAUUGAUGGACUAAGA